CUUCUCAAGCCAAGCAUCCUUGCAGCCACUACUGGAAGCAGCAGAAGCUGCAGCAGCAGCCCAUGAGAUCUAAUGCCGGGCGUAGGGCCGGAAGGGCGGGAGUCAAAGGGAACAAGCCGAAAAACACAUGGCUUGCCUUCUGCGUCUGUGCGGGUUUGGUGUUGUUGUGGGUGCAGUUGACCAUCAGGCUCGUCCCGAAGGAGCUGCACGACAUCAACAAGGCGAUUUCGCCUCACCGCAAGGAGGACAACUCGCUAGACGAGCGAGCAACGGAGUUGGGGGGCGGAAGUCGGGAUAAAUUGCCUGACACGCCAGUGCAAAGGAGAAGACCGCGACCGGACAAGAACCGGCCGAGGGAGCAGACAAGCAUGGACACGAUUGUGUACAACAUGCGGUCGUUUCUCGACGAGCUGGACAGGGUGUACAAAGCUAUCGAGAACCCGGACCCGCAAAAGGUUUGGGAUCUGUACAAGGCUGCCACAGACAGGUGGCUGCUUCCAAUGGAUAGAGCGAGCGAGGGGCAGAAUUUGUUUGACAUACGCGACGACAAGAGCAUCUUCGUGAGCCUGGCUUCCUAUCGAGACGAGAAUUGCCCGACGACCCUCAAAGAGAUGUACUCCAAGGCGGACCACCCGGAGCUCCUGUACAUCGGCUUGGUGCAGCAGAACUGCGUCUCGGAAUGCCGAACGGGAGUCUUGGAGGGGGGGGUAGUGGAGGACAUGAAGCCUGAUGUAAAUUGCUACGAAGAAUUCUGCUCUACGGAGCUUGGGGCGCAGUUCUGCCAAUCGGGCAACGUGCGAGAUUUUUUCGUCCAGGAGGAGGAGGCGUUGGGGCCGGCGGUGGCGAGAUACAUGGCGUCGAAGCUCUGGAUGGGCGAGACUUACUUCAUGCAGAUCGACGCGCACAGCCUGUUCGUACCUCAUUGGGACACGACGCUCGUGAACGAUAUCCACAACACCCCGUCGUAUCCGAUGUCGGUCCUGUCGCACUACCCCCCGAGCGUCGGCGCGAACUUCGAAGACAAACCGGGGUACCGAAUAUGCGGCGCCGAGUUCGCAAAGAGCAGCGUCGAGUACGACAUUAUUCGGCUCACGGCGGGUCUCCAGCAGGACAAGCAGAUACCGGUCAGACCCUGUCCCGCCCCCUUCAUCGGCGCGGGCUUCUUCUUCGCGCACUCGAGCUUCUUGGCCGACGUGCCCUUCGACCCUUACGUGCCGUGGGUGUUCAUGGGCGAGGAGAUCCUGCAGAGCCUCCGAAUGUGGACGUGGGGCUACGACAUCUACUCGCCGACGAGGAACGUGCUGUCCCACCACUACGUGCGCAGACACACGCCCAAGUUCUGGGAGACGGUCAACAGGCUGUUCAAGAAGCCGACCAUGCACAACGACCUCACUAGCAUGGUCAUCAAUCGGGUCAAGAACAUCGCCGGGUACCCGGAGUCGAGCGCCGAGAUCCUGCUCCGGCCGACGCUGUUGGAUAACCUCGACCUGUACGGGGACGGUGACGUCCGACCGAUGGAGGAGUACAUGGAGCGAGUGGGGUUAGAUAUGACGACCAAGCGAGCGAAGCAAAUCUCGUGGUGUUUCAAGUGCCAGCCACCGUACCCGGUGUGAGGGUGUGGCGCGAUGCGGGAUAGGUUUGGUUUGGGGUCGUAAUCUCCAUGUGUGUGUUCGUGGAGGUAUCCUAGGGUAACAAAUAGUUCAAAGUCGAUCGGGUUUUGUGGGAGGGGGGUAGGGGCAGAAAAACUACAUGGGAACAUGAUCCGAAGCGUGUGUCUGUUGGAUGUGUUACUAUGUUCAGUCUUUUGAGUGGCGUUCUUUUUCUUUGUUUUGUCGGGGGCAGUGUGUGCUGCCAGUUGAUUGGAAGGUCGGCGCGAGGAGAGGCCCCGCUGGUAGCCGGCGAACGUGCUGUCCUUUAGAUCGCGGGAUAGCUUGCGACUUGAAGUGAUGUGCGAAGCAGCGGGAGAGACAAGGCGUGUGCACGGCGGCGGCAUUAGAAUUUCUCGGUCUUCAAUGGAAUGGGCUCGAGAAUACUGCUGUUGCUUACUGUGUCGUUCGUAGAGGGCGACUCGUGUCUUUGCCGUUGGGCACACUUUGUGGGCGCAAAACCUGUUUCCGUAUGUGUUGGUUGUCAUUUUCUGCGGGCACAAGCGCGUCACCACGAAAGACAGUAUUUUAUUGGCUUGCGGUUUCGUCCUGCUGUUGGGUAUCAGCACGGUAGUAGAAGGGGGAGAUGAGGGAAUCGGCGGUAAUGGCAGUAGCCUCUGCUGACUGCACUGCAAUCGCGGGGGGCAGCAGCUGUUGCCUUUGAAGCGUUGUGCUCUUGUUUUGCUUGGUAAUUCUAUCAACGCCUCCCCAUGUUUCGAGUUUAAUUGUACCUACAUGGUUGCUUCUUCUGUGCAUGGCCGUCAUGCGGAUCUGAUUCCAAGUAACAGUCACAAUGCCUCCGGCAGUUUUGCGUCUCAAGGCGUAUUCUUUUUUUCUUCACAAACAGCUUUUCUCUCAACUCAGCCCGCUGGGGAAAUAUUGACUUAU